AUGCCGUACUGUCAAUUGACACCUCGGCUGGAUCGGUGCAGCGUUGUUUUGAAGACUCCUUUAUGUUUUCCGUAUAAAUUUACCCGCUUUUCCUACGAAAAAAGGAGUGGCUUGGUGAAUCUAUUUGACUCAAGGGGCUUGCAUAAGUUCCAACCUAGAGUGCUAUUACACAAGUGUGACUCAGGGAUUCCAUCCAAGGAAGUGGCAUACAGCGCAGAAUUAAUUCUCACUGAAGUAUGUUCUGGUAAUUCAAGCCAAAACGACACAAUAUCAGUUUUGCAUUCUACGGAUAAUUUUCCACAAAUAGUGGAUACACAUUCUGAGUCUGUUGAGCAAGGUGUGACAACUGAAGGUUCUACACCAUUUUUGGCGGAAUUUCUUGGUAAAAGUUGUGUUUCUUCAAGGGACACAUCAAGCAGUAAUUUGUUGUUUAGUCGAUCGGCAUCCGAGAAGACCAAACACGGGCUAUUGCCUUCGUUUUGUGUACUAUUUGAAGAAUCGUUCUCCAAAAAGGUUCCCUGUCCUAUAUUAGGCCAUUCUGACGUUCCUUGUGUUCAGCAAUUUACAGUUGCGUUACGUACCUUUCGAGUUUCGCAACAUUGUUUGGAGGAUAUCUCAGCGAACUGCACUAGCGACGGCGUGUUAUCAUUAACCUGGCGGAUACGGUUAAUUGCUGAAGGUUUCACAAAUCUUGACUUAGGUCUAGCGAUUUUAUGUGAAUCUGAGCAAAAGGUUCCAUUAUCUCAGCAUCGUUUACUAUCUUUACGCUGUAAGCGUUGUAGACACGUGCUCGUUGACGUGGAAGGUGCGACAGUCGUCCCUUUGCCCACUGAGUUUUUUACCAGCACAAAGGGUUCUACGUUUUGCGAGGAGUGUGAGCACCAACUCUCAGCCAAAAUCCCAGAGUUGGCACGGGCAAAUAACGUGAUAUAUCAGGAUGCAGAGUCUGUAAUACUUUUUAGGCCGCAUUCUACCACCAGUUCGGACCACACACUGUGUUGCGAUCAUUGUGGGCAUAAAGUUGGUAAUUUUACGGACGAGACUUUUCAAUUCGCCAGUUAUCGUAAGAGUUGCAUUAGUGGUUUCUACGACAACACUGACGACAUCUUUUGGCGUCACACACCCUUCAGAGAAGCGAUUGAAUCAUUGCAAUACGACAAAAGAACGAAGUUACAUAUAGUUGUAGCGAGCGAUUUUUCGUCAUCACUCUCAGAUAGAGUUGACGAGAAUCCAAACGCUGAACAUUGCGGCCCCAGCGCGUGUCUUGAGAUUAUCAAAGUAACUACUAGACCGGAUACUUUUGUAUCAACUCGUGAAACUAUAUUUGAAGCUUCACAAGUAUUGUGGCGUUUUGUGUCAGAUAUUGACAUUACUUCGGAAAUCAAGUGGGAGCAGGAGUCUUUUGAACAGCUGGUUUCGUUACUGGACUAUUUUUCUCGGAGUCCGGAUACCACAACGGGUUAUACACCUUCUUUACUUGUUGCCAUAUAA